AUGGCACCCAUACCCAAAGUCCCAGCUUUCAGCACAUCUCCACCGUCAACCAAAUACUGCAUCCUAUCAUAUCCCACACCAGAGAUCUUGGUCGUGACACUUAACCGACCAAAACAACUCAAUUGUAUCAGUGCAGAAGGCAAUGAAGAGCUAGACGCCGUGUGGAAAUGGCUAGACACCGAGCCCAAGCUCUGCGUAGGCAUCCUGACAGGCACCGGCCGCGCCUUUUGCGCAGGCGCUGAUCUAAAAGAAUGGAAUCAAGCCAAUGCGUCGGGCAAACAGCGCAAGAUGCCUUCGUCAGGCUUUGGUGGGUUAUCCCGCCGUCGUGGCCGCAAGCCCGUUAUAGCAGCAGUCAAUGGCAUCUGUUUCGGCGGCGGCUGCGAGAUGGCUAUCAACAGCGACAUGGUAUUCGCCUCCUCUACAGCAACAUUUUCUCUGCCAGAGGUCAAACGCGGUGUCGUCGCCAUCGCAGGAGCACUGCCCCGUAUCGCGCGCGUGGUAGGCAAACAGCGCGCCAUGGAAAUGGCCCUAACCGGACGAGUACUAAAAGCCGACGAAGCUCGAGAGUGGGGAUUGGUGAACCGUGUAGUUGAGGGAGAUGUGUUGGACGAGUGUGUGGCUGUGGCCAAGGAGAUUGCGGGCAACAGUCCUGAUGCUGUGAUGAUUAGUCGCGAGGGUGUCAAUUUGGCAUGGGACGGCUUGGGAGCGGAUGCGGCGACUGAGAAGUUGAUUGCAGAGAUGUAUCCGAAGCUCUUGCAGGGAGAAAACAUUCAUGAGGGUGUCAAGGCCUUUGUCGAGAAGAGGAAGCCUGUCUGGAAGGCUAGCAAGCUGUGA